AUUUGUCACUGACACAACCCGUACAAUGUCUUGCCGUCGUGAGCUGGGCGAAUUUCAUGUCGGCCAAAAUGGUACCAGAGGUCUUUCGGCAUGUGUGGGAAACCUUGAAUGCCAUGCCCGAGGACUCCGACGACGGUGUCAUGAGAGAGAAGGAGCAGAGAAAGAGGAAGCGCAAAAGAGAAGAGCAGCAGGAAGCGGAAGCCGCUGACAUGGCAGCGGAGCGUGCGAAAAGUGCUCGGCAAGAUCAGGUGAUGCAAGAAGCUUUGGAGGAGGAGGAGCACUUGAAGUCCCUUGAAAAGCUGUCGAAGCAGGUCGGAAAGCAGGUCGAAAAGUCCAGAGCUGCCUUCUUUGAGACGUCCAGAGAGGAACAACGGAAGGCUACAGCUCGAGUCGAAGGAGCAAGUCGUUCCGCCCAAUAAGUGGGCAAUGCAGACCGCUUGCGAGCCAUGGGCUUCGUAUCAGAGCCGAAAGCUUUGAAAGGGGAUUGCCCGUUGAUGCUUGCGGCGCUCACCAGAAGUUGUUGGCUGUUUUCAUCGCCUUCCUUCUAGUGGCAAAUGAUGUAUCCAUCAGAGAUGCUGUGGCCGUUCAGCCAUGUGAAUGUGGAUUUGCCGGAUUGCCUGACGGCAGAGGCUGUUUGGUGCACAAGUCCUCCGAUGUGGCGAGCCUCCAUCCAGAAGCGGCCGCGGUCCGCAGUUUCAAUCAUGUUUGGAAGAAACCAGCAUUGCUUCUUUAACUCCCCAUCCAAGAUCGUUAAGUAGUAACUAAGUGGGGCGGUAUGCUUUGGAAUGUCGCAAACGCGGUAGUUAUGCAAUCACCAAGGCCCAAUAGUUUUAAGGCGGCCCGAAGUUAUUCUGAAGGUCGAUCAUACGAGGUAGAGAUCAUUGAUCAUAGUCCUGCGGCAGCAACAAACAGUUUGACUACGACACCCAAUUGUUUUCGGUUGAAUUUCAGUUGGAUCCAUAUAUAUAUAUAUAUAUAUACUUUUAAUUUGCUGCUUUCGCCCAAUAGUUGGCAAGAAUCAAAAGGACAUUUUCGUAUAUUAAUAUAUAACUUAGAAUUUGCUGGAAUAGAAUCUACCAAAUAGCCGAAUAACCCCUCAUGUCAAGCUUUCAUUGGAUUCGAAAGCUGGGAGAAGGUGAUCGUAGAGAAGGAGACGGUAUGUAGUGGAAAUUUGGGGCGCGCUAUUGUGAGUAGGUUGGAACUCGGGUAUAAGUUUGCAUGUAUUUGGAUGUCUUGCCUUUAAAUCCGCCUACCUGAUCACACUACACCCUUCAAGUGUGUUUCUUAAGAACAGGCAAACAUUCUAAGGAACAGGUGAACGCUUGGACUGCGUCUUGGC